UCCGAAUGUAAGUCAAGGUCAUCAUCACAGAGAGUUCUCUAUCGUGUCGUCUGGAGGACACAUUCCACCAAACAUGGCAAUGCAAACGGGGACUAGUAAUGAUGUGCAACUGCGGACUAACAGUCAGCUCAUUCGUAGCAACCGAGACUCUUUGGACAGAAAAGACAGCAUCAUGACUGACCCAGGGAGAGAGGGACAAGAGCUGGAAGGGGGGAGUGGGAUCGGGAGGGCCAUCGGCGUUUUUACGAGUGGAGGGGAUUCCCAGGGAAUGAAUUCCAGUGUAAGAGCCGUGGUCAGAAUGGGCAGCUACCUCGGCUGUAAGGUCUUCUACAUCAAGGAGGGAUACCAGGGAAUGGUCGACGGAGGGGACAACAUCGAGGAGGCCACCUGGGCCAGCAGCUCGGGGAUCAUGCAGCGGGGGGGCACUGUGAUCGGUAGUGCUCGCUGUAAAGAGUUCCGUGAGAGGGAGGGGCGUCUGAGGGCCGCGGAGAAUCUGGUCAUCAAGAACAUCACAAACCUAGUGGUGAUUGGUGGAGACGGCAGUCUUACUGGAGCAAACCUGUUCAGACAGGAGUGGGCCGGGCUUCUGGAUGAACUUCUGGAGAAAGGUCGUAUCAGCCAGCAGCAGAGGAAGGAGUGCUCUCACCUUAACAUCGUGGGAUUGGUCGGUUCUAUUGACAACGACUUCUGUGGGACAGACAUGACCAUCGGGGCCGACUCCGCCCUCCAUCGUAUUGUGGAGGCAGUCGACUGCAUUGUCACUACAGCUUCAAGCCAUCAGAGAUGCUUUGUCAUGGAGGUGAUGGGGAGACAUUGUGGGUACCUUGCAUUAGUGGGAGCUCUGGCAACGGAGGCAGACUGGGUGUUUAUCCCUGAGUGGCCCCCCGAGGAUGGGUGGGAGGACACGCUUUGUAGGAAACUGGCCAAUGAGAGAUCGAUGGGACAGCGGCUGAACAUCAUCCUGGUGGCUGAGGGUGCUGUGGACAGGAAAGGGAACCCCAUCACCGCCGACAUGGUCAAAAAGGUUGUGACUGAUAAGUUGAAGUAUGACACCAGAGUUACUGUCCUUGGUCACGUACAGCGAGGAGGGAAGCCAACAGCCUUUGACAGGAUUCUAGGUUCCAGAAUGGGGGCGGAGGCAGUGCUGGCCCUGAUGGAUGCCACCCCUAACACCCCCGCCUGUGUGUGCUCACUGGACGGGAACCAGACUGUGAGGGUGCCACUGAUGGAGUGUGUGGAGAGGACGCAGGCUGUACAGAAGGCGAUGAAUGAGAAUAACUUUGAAGAAGCCGUGCGACUCAGAGGAAAGAGCUUCCAGAACAACCUGUUGACCUACAGAAUGCUGACCAAGCUCCGUCCCCCAAAGGACAAGUGUGACCCCUCAGGAACUUCCUGCUCUACCGGUAUAAAGCUGGGAGUAAUGUCUAUCGGGGCACCUGCUUGCGGCUCCAAUGCAGCGGUCAGAUCCUUCGUCAGAGUGGCCCUCACCAAAGGCUAUGAGGUUCUGGGACUCCACGACUCGUUUGAUGGACUCAUCUUUGGAAAUACCACUGGUCUUAUUGACCCGGUCAAGCCAAUGAGUUGGACCGAUGUCCAGGGGUGGUCGGGCCACGGCGGCUCUCUCCUCGGAACAAAAAAAUGUGUUGGAUCCAGAUACGGCAUGCAAAAGAUUGCAGAAAAAUUAAAGGAACACAAUAUCAGUGGAUUGCUGAUCAUAGGGGGCUUUGAGGCAUACCACAGCGCCCUGGAGAUGGCAGAAGCCAGAAAGGAGUUUGAUGCGUUCUGUAUCCCCAUGGUGGUGAUCCCAUGUACCAUCAGUAACAACGUCCCUGGGACAGACUUCAGCCUGGGGGCUGACACCGCCCUCAACGAAAUCACUGACAUCUGUGAUAGAAUCAAACAGUCAGCCACAGGAACAAAGCGGCGAGUCUUCGUGGUGGAGACUAUGGGAGGUUACUGUGGUUACCUGGCCACAAUGAGUGGACUUGCGGGUGGGGCUGACGCCGCCUAUAUAUUUGAGGAGGAUGUCAACAUCACCAUGCUCAGGGACGAUGUCUUCCAUUUAAAAGACAAAAUUGUUAACAUGGGAGUUCAAAGAGGACUAAUCUUGAGGAACGAAAAUGCCAAUUCCAACUACACAACUGAUUUCAUAGAGCACCUGUUCUCCGAGGAGGGGAAAGGUGUGUUUACCUGUCGUAAGAACGUCCUGGGUCACAUGCAACAAGGGGGCAUGCCGUCCCCGUUCGACAGGAAUUUCGGAACAAAGAUGGCGGCUAAGGCCCUUCACUACAUGUCUGAUCAAAUCCAGCAAAGUGUGGAGUCCUCUGGCAAGGUUUACAGGAAUGACCCUGCCUCGGCUGUCCUCCUUGGAAUGCAGAGACGCCAUCUGUCCUUCACCCCUGUCGAGGAACUCAAGAAAACAACAGAUUUUACACACAGAAUUCCCAAGGACCAGUGGUGGCUGAAGCUCCGCCCCCUGCUCAGAAUUCUGACGAAGCACAAGGAGAAGGCCUACACCCCCGAAGGGAUCUUCGCCGGCGUGGAUGAUUUUGAGGACGAGGACAACAUAUAGAUCCAUGCCUGAUAUAUCCUUGAUCCUCCACUAUCUCUGUCCCAAAGACCCAUCCCGCUUUCAGUGUUUCCAUGAUGCACUGAGUUUUUUGAGUUUUAAAGGAUUUAAACUGACAAAGUGAAUCAUAUUCAAAGACUCCAUGUCACAAGUUUUGAUCAUGCACUAAUGAUUCAGAGAGAGAUUGAUAUAGUUUUGUAUGUGCUGGACUUCAAGUGAAGUGACUGGGCGUAUAAGAUGAGAAAAUAUGAACAUGAUCAGCUAAUAGUGAUAGCUUGCCCAACACCCAUUAAAGUCUCCAUAUUAUCACUGUGAUGUGUAAAGUUUGGAGAGUUGAUACACUUCUAUCUCAAUCACUGUUUUCUUUUAUAGUAAGAUAGACUUGUAUUUCAAUCUCUGUUUUCUGGUAAAUGAGCAAGUCCUGAAUGUUGUUCGUAUUUUACUGAUGAUUGUAAUAUUUUUUUAGAUUUCAUCAAAUGCUUUGUAUUGCAAGCGUUGUGUUCUAAUUAAUAUGGUACAAUGAAUGUAUAUAAUAUAAGGUAUUUAUGGAUAUAUAUAUGCCUUUACAUGUGAAUACAACUCCGUGAUGUUUUC